CGUGUAGGUUGGCCAUGUGGAGCUGCAGUGCUUCGCGCUUGUCUGAACGUUGAACAGCCAUCAAAGGUAAAAUAACGAAUGAAUGGGACAAAGGAACAAACAAGGGUCUACAAGAGUUUAUGUGGAUCUCCUUCCUGAUCGGGAGCAGGCGCUUUUUCGCAGCCUGGGUACGCAACUUGGGAUCUGCUCUAGGUCUGGUGGAAACACUCAGUGACUGAAAACAGACAGCAUCGCUCUAACAGUAGACUUUCGAACGUCGCAGCCCGAGUGGGCCAUUGAAUUUUCAUUGUCCGUCUCUUUCAUCUCAGUGACGAUUCAUUCAAUCCUUUUCAACUAAUCGUGAUCCAACGUAUAAAACGUAUUUCUGACGGUCUUUUCUCUUACCACAUUUGUUUACAACGAACUAGCACUCUGCAAUGGACUGGGACGUAGGACCAUCUCCUUCACAAUUCCCCUCAUCAUCUCAAUGGGCGCGCGCCAGUACUCGGCCUACAUCUGCUAACAUGAGCAUCGACGACGAUGUCGGCUACGUGACAUGGAAGCAAUCUCAACCCGACCCCAUCAUUCGAGAACUGAUGCACAACGCAGAGAGCAAAAAGGAGGGAAAACGAGAACAGAAACCCCGUUUGGAUGCGUCUGAGCACACGUCCACAUGGGCAUCAAGCACCAGCACGUCUGUUCCUCACCGCACGGCAUCCUUCCCCGGUUUUUCCACACCUUCGACAAGCACACUUGCAUCUACGUUUGCGUCUAAUUCAUCGAGAAAACUACAUCCAAUGAAACUCAUCUCGAAGAAAGUACCCCCGUCGCGUGCGUAUUCAGCUACCGCACCCGUGAAGGAUGGCGUAUCUUCCGAAUCAGAACUGGCCGCGAGAUACCUUCAUAUCAUACGUAAUGGCACUGCAGAGAUGGACGAGAAUUCGAGGCGAAAGCAAGCUGCGAAGGCGAAGGCAGAAAAAGAGGCGGCGAGUGGCACGCCGGGGGAUAUCGCAACCCGGAAGAAUACCUGUGCAUCUUCGUCUGGGUCGAGGUCCACAUCUACCGCGUUCACUGCAAGGCCUUUAAAGAAGAUGGCUAGUAUCUCGUCUACUUCUUCUUCUGCACCUCUGCGAGGAAAUGUGAUCAGUAGAUCAUCGAGCUCUGCAACUCUCAAACCUACAGUCAAAAUUUCUAGAGACAGUGGCACAUGCGGAGACAUCCAGAUGACGUUGGACUCAGAUCGAGAUACGGAUCGCGAGGAAAGUACUUUCACCAAUUCUGCAGGUGACUUUGCUCCAAACGAGUCUUUCUCGAUGCAUGUAGAUGACGUGCUACCUCCUCCCAAGCGUGCUGUGGGGAGGACCCCCAGUAUUGUUAUGGACACCAGCCCUAC